GGAACUCAAAGGUUUUGAGGGGAACAGUGUUAAGUUAGUUUAAGUUUGUGGCCUGUUUUCACUGUAAAAUGAUAAAUUCUAUCUUUGCUGAUACAAAGCAUGCCAAAUGGAAGAAGAGUUCUGCAAGUAUGAUUAGAGUAUAGAGUAUUUGGAGAAUUAAAUAAAAAUAAUGUUUUCAGCAAAGUAACUCUUGUUACAAAAUACUGUGGACACUAGAGUAUUUGUGAAUACCUUUGAAAAUUCAGUUAAUAAUUUACAGAAGCAAUACUUGGAGUCUUCGCAGAUGGUGAAAACUAUUGAUGGAGAUGGCAAUGAAGAUGAGAUUUAAAUGCUGUUUUUUCUUCCUAGUUAUGAUGAAUUCAGGCAAACUCUUUGCAGAAGAUAAAUUUUGUGAUUUGCCACAUAUAGAAAAUGGAAAGAUUGCCCCAUACUAUUAUAAUUUCAAAGGUUACUAUUUUCCUAUGCGUAAAGACAAAAAACUUUCCUAUUCUUGUGUUGCUGGUUAUACAACUGAAACUGGGACUCAAGAAGGAAGAAUAACUUGCACAGCAAAAGGAUGGUCUCCAGUGCCACAGUGCUACAAAAAAUGUAAGAAGCCUCUUUUGGAAAAUGGCUUUUUUUAUGGUACAGAAAUGUCCUUCAAAAUACAUGAGAAACUGCAGUACAAAUGUAAUCUAGGCUACCACACUCCAAAUGGUGGUACCGAGGAUACAGUACAAUGUCAAGCGGAUGGAUGGUCCUCACAGCCAAGCUGUACUAAAAAUUUUGAGUCAUGCCAAGUACCUGAUUUACAUCAUGGCUAUUACUUCACAACCCAGCAAGAGCUUCGAGUGAACGAAACACUGCUAUAUGAAUGUGAUGAGGGAUAUCACACUGCAGGAGGAAACACUACAGAAGAAGCAAGGUGCCUAGCACAUGGGUGGUCCCUUACUCCAAACUGCACUAAAAUAACUUGCCACCCUUUGAGUAGAAUAGAACAUGGAGGUUUCUAUCCUGUGAAGAAAAUCUAUGAAGAGGGAGAUGUUGUUCAUUUUUUCUGUGAGGCAAAUUAUUCUUUCCGUGAAUUUGACCUAAUUCAAUGUUAUUAUUUUGGAUGGUAUCCAGAUCCUCCAGUGUGUGAAGAUGUAAGAAAUAAAUGUCCUCCACCACCACUUCCUCCUCAUGCCCAUGUCACCACAGUUAGGAGAACAUAUCAUAAUGGCGACAAAGUUCGUAUACAGUGUCAAAGUAAAUUUGAAAUAAGAGGAUAUGAGGAAAUUCAGUGUGAAAAAGGAAAAUGGACAUCACCUCCUAUUUGUAUCGGAUCUAUAAAUAAACAGGAAUCUGAGCCAACAUCACUUGAGCUAGAUGCAGCAAUAAGGACAAGCAAAACGUAUCACAGUGAAGAAACGAAAAUGCAGCAGAGCUGUACCUCUCCACCGGUGAUUAAAAACGGUGUUCUUCUUAGCCCCCUAUUGCUUAGCUACAAAAAUGGUUCUUCAGUAGAAUAUGGUUGCCAACUUUACCAUUUUUUGGAUGGACCUACCACUGUUUACUGCAAAGAAGGAAACUGGACAGAACAACCGACUUGCUUAGAUCCAUGUGUUCUUAAUGCAACUACUCUAAACAAUAACAACCUAGAGUUAAAAUGGAGACAGGAAGAAUUAAUGUUCCUACAUGGUGACCUCAUAGAGUUUGAAUGUAAAGAGGGAUAUGAUUUUCCCCAGACUACCCUUCCAUCUCCUGGGAGGACGCAGUGUAACCAUGGGAGACUGAAAUACCCAAAAUGUGUUGUUAAAGCUCCGAUGGAAAAAUGUGACUCUCCACCUCCUAUUGCAAAUGGAGCUCUUAAACUCCCACCCCUGGCCCAGUAUGAGAGUGGUUCUUCAGUUCAGUAUAGUUGCUAUGACUAUCAUUUCAUGCAAGGAUCUGAGAGAAUCUACUGUUCUGCAGGCCAGUGGACCUCACCACCAGUUUGUAUAGAGCCAUGCACUUUGUCAAAAAAUGAAAUGGAGAAAAAUAAUGUUCUGCUGGAAGGGUUUUAUGAGAACCAAGUUUACUUCUACCAUGGGGAUUAUGUUGGAUUUUACUGCAAACAGAACCAUUUUGGAGAAGAAUCUGGUACAACUUUAUUUCAAGUGCAGUGUAAGAGAGGCCAGCUAGCGUAUCCAAGAUGUGUCGAAAGAGGAAAAUAAGUGUGAACUUCAGGAAAUUUCAUAGGAAAGGAUUGCUUUGACACUUGCACGUUUAUACUCCUGGGACUCUGGCCUGUGAGAAUGUUGCACGGCUGCAGAUCCAAUGAAAAUUCAGGAAGACAGAACAUGCUUGCCUCAUGUCAAUUUUGUAAAAUAAACACAAAAAUGCACAGUGAUCUCCUGUCA